UAUUCCUAUUUUUAUACAUAUCAGAAAAAUAUAUUUUUUUAGAUUGACUUACACCUUUAUCCACUACAGGAAUUGACUUAAAAAAGUAAUAUCCUCUUUUUCAGAACACUUGUUAUGAGAUCAAGAGGUGGAUUUAUCCGUUAUGUACCUAUAACUAACCAUUAACAUUUCCAAAACAUCCUUACCCAUGGCUUUCCAAUCCGCUUGUCCGUUUGAUUGUCUGUCCGUCCGUUUGCACAUUCGUCUGUUUGUCUGACUGUCGGUCCGUCUGUGUGUAUAAAAGGGCAUUAUUAAAGCCCAUUCUUUAGUCAUUAUGUAAAUUUGGUCAAAUUACUGAAGAGCAAAAUAAAUCCUCUUGAGAUCUCACACUAUAAUAAUGAAUAUAUAUUUAUAGUUUUCCAAUCUAAUUACAACAUUUAUCAUUACAGAAGAGCUGCAGCAGGUUAAACUGAUCGAUGUUUCAUUUGAAUUGGUGUAUAUUUAAUUCCAAAUUAAAUAUGCAUCAAGUCAGUGAACUUGGAACAAAGAAUUUCGGAUAAGUUUCAUCAGGGUUACAAAGAUGAGAGAGUUUGGGGGCUUAUAACGAAGCAAACCUUGGGAUAAUAAACAAUAAUCGUUUUCAGAGAAGCUGAAGACGUCAAAGCAUGGCAAUCAUGUUCUACCUGACAAAUAAAUCGGUUUCGGAGUUUAACGAUUAAUGACACAAUAUUAAAAUAUCCCAAUCCAUUUCAAUGAAAAAUGUUACGAAUUUUAGAUCAGCACAACCAACAUUUUAGAAACAUCAACAUAAAAGAGAUCAUUUAUGUACAAUUGCUUUUAUAGGAAAUUAUUUUUGUGUAAAAAUUGGUACAGACCUCUGUAGUAUAAGAUUAAGGUUCAAUCGAAAUGAUUAUAAAUUUCAGUUUCAAAAACAUGCAUCGGAUACAUGAUGACGAAUAUCCUGAAGAUGUUAAGGAUUCUGACUUUAAGGGAUCGGUUCAGAAGGAGAUAUCCGUGAAAUCGCGUCACCAAAUGUCCAUACCAGAUAUUUGCACAGAAGCCGUCAAGAAUAACUGUUUUCCGCCGACGGGUUUUUUGAAUAACUCGAUUGCCUUUGCGUCUCAUGUAGUCAAGUGCAGUUCCCCGGCCUCGAGCAUAGAUGAAUCCUCAUCGACGGCCCAGCACGAAUCCAACCCCCACAUGCACAUGCAGGGCCAGCAUUUGAUGGCUCCUGUUCCCGAUCUUGGGUUCUACAAUGUUCCCGAGUUCAUUUCGGAGCAGGAAAAGCUCAUGUUUUCCGACGCCGAAAGGUUUUUAAGGUCAAAAGAUAACGAAGUUUGCAGCAAUGAUUUUAGCUAUAUGCAUGACGAAUUCGCCAUGCGUAAGUAUUAUCAUCCUCUAUUUGCCCAUGGCAUAUGCCGCUGGCCCGGUUGCGAAAUGGACUUGGAAGAUAUCACAUCAUUUGUCAAGCAUCUGAAUACUGAACACGGAUUGGAUGAUCGAUCAACCGCUCAAGCACGAGUCCAAAUGCAAGUUGUCUCCCAGCUGGAAUCCCACCUUCAAAAAGAACGAGAUCGCUUGCAGGCCAUGAUGCACCACUUGUAUUUAUCAAAGCAACUUUUAUCUCCCACCAAAAUUGACAGGAAGGACGUACCCGGAAGAGACGGAAAGUUUUGCCGAAGUCCCCUCACAAUUAACAGCAUAGGUCGACCCAUCCGCCAAACUAGUUCACCUAGCUCUCUUAAUCUCCCAAUGGUCAACUCCACCAACUUAUGCUCGAUCAAAAAAAGAAGUCACGACAAGAACUCUUUUUCCAUAAAUGGUGGAUUACCGUACAUGCUUGAAAGAGCAGGGCUUGAUGUACAGCAGGAAUUUAAAUUUGCAGAAAUUCAUCGAAAUAGAGAAUUUUACAAAAAUGCAGACGUGCGACCGCCUUUCACAUACGCUUCACUCAUAAGACAGUCCAUUAUCGACUCCCCCGAUAAGCAGCUAACCCUAAACGAAAUUUACAAUUGGUUCCAAAACACCUUUUGCUACUUUCGGCGCAAUGCAGCUACGUGGAAGGUAAUAUAGACUUUUUUCAAACUUUCCUCUCUUAUAGUAGAAUUUUUUAGAGUACGAAUUUGAUGUUUAAGAAAUGUUAUAACUUUUGUCCGUCUGUUUUCUUGUCCGUCUGUCCGAUUGGCUUUUACAGCUUGUCCGCUUUUUUUGUAUCCCUAAUUUUCCCGCAUGCCUAUUCCAUGUACAUAAAAAUAUAUCGUGGGUUAGUUGUGUAUAUAAGGGAUCUCUGAAAAGGUAAGCUAUUCCGUUUUAUUCAAUAUAAUAUUUUUAUAUCUUAAGAUAAUACAAAACUUAAAGUUUGGCCAAUGCUAACUGAUAAUAUACACCAUUAGAACGCAGUUCGGCAUAAUCUGUCCCUUCAUAAGUGCUUUAUGCGGGUUGAGAAUGUGAAAGGAGCAGUUUGGACUGUUGAUGAGAUUGAGUUUUACAAAAGACGACCUCAGCGCACUGCUGGCAUUGGUAACAACUUAACAGGUGCUACCAAUUCGCCGGACACAAAUUAUUUUGUAGCCAUGAACAUUGGGUAUGUGGGUCUCAAAUAGUUUAAUACUUACUUUGCUCCAAAUUACUACAAUUUUGCUCUGUUAGUAAACAUAUUAAUGGCAUAUGCAUGCUUAUAUCGAUAUGAUGACAUUAUAAGAUUUUUUACAGCACUCGUAUCCCUAAAUGGUAUAUCCCCAAAUGGUGUCUGUCUGCUCAUCAGUUUAUAAGUCUGUCCGAGUGUUAGGUAAUGAAGGCAUUUAAGGAUAGGUGAAAUGGGUCGAAAUGCUACGGAAAAGUUUAAAACAAGCCAAAUGAACUAACCUUUUUCUCAACGAACUUUUUCUUCCUUUCCC